GCUGGCCACCGGCGCGCCCCCACGUCGCCGCCGGCGGGCAGCCGCAAGACCGCCGUCGGCAGCCUCCACCCCCUAACCCACCUCCAUGUCUCCGGCUUCCUCUCCCCCGCUCCGCGGCCACCCCCAUCCACCUCGACCACAGUGACGGGCCGCCGCAGGAGCUGGACCAAGACGACGGGCCGCCGCAGGAGCUCUACCCCGGCACCGCAUUCGCCGCCUCUCUUCUUUCAUUCGGCCUCCCUGCGCCCGCCGGCUCGACCACGACGGACGACCCCGUCGCAGUUCGACUGUGAGGUGCCCUGCCUAAUGUGUUGAUUCUACUGAAGCGAAUGGCCAAUACCCGGUCAGGAGGGGGGAACAAUGAGGGAGGAGGGGACACCAGUGCAAGGAAAGGCUGCGCCGCCAGCAAUGCAAAAUACCCCAAGUCUGCAACGACCUCCACCUCGUCUGCCAGUGGAAGGGGGUCCAGAAGCUUGUCCAUGCAUGAAACAAGCGAUGAGCAGAAGCCAAACCUAAGGAGAUCGAACAGAGAAACAAGAGGAAAGAACCCCAUUGUGGUAACCACCACCAGUUCUGCCUCUACACCUGUUCCGCAGAAAUCUAUGAGGGGGAGGAGCAACCCCAGCACACCUGGAUCCCCUAAUUCGUCAGCAGGGAAGCUAAAAGGGUCGACGAGGAAGGCUAGUACCCCAAGAACGUCCGACAGAAUAAAGAAACGUACUCUUUCAGCUUCUACUGCUUCAAAUGAUUCAAAUGGAGUUUCUAGUCCAGUGGCUACUCCUGUCAAAACCGUAAAAAAAGAAAUUGAUGAACAUAACCUAACAAAGAAUAAGCAUGAUGCUUCUGAGAGUGGUACCAUGCCAUUGAAGAAGCAGAAAAGGCUAGCGGCACAGAGCUAUACAAAUCUCUUCAAGACAUCUUCUGAAGAAUAUGAAAAAUCCCAUGCCUAUGAAGGAAAUGCUUCCAAGGUGCAUGCAGAAGACAAUGGCUCUGUUUUGAGGUAUGAAGAAAGUGGCGCACACGAAGAACAUAACCAGGCACAUUUAAGUCAAGUUGUGAAUAAAUUUGGGGAAGGCAGUACUUCUGGCCUAUGUGAAGUUCCCGAGGUGAUAUCGGAGACAGAUAGGUUGAAAACUGAUGUUGAAAAAUCUGAAGAUAACCAGGGAUAUUUGAGUCAAGUCGUCAAUAAAUUUUGGGAAGGCUAUACUUCUGGCCAGUGUGAAGCUCCCGAGGUGAUAUUGGAGACAGAUGGGUUGAAAACUGAUGUUGAAAAAUCUGCUCCCAUUUCAGAGGACACAUUAUCAAGUCCUGUACAGGCACACAUGACUGCUGAUCUGUGCUCAAGUAGUCCUGCGAUGGAUGCUACAGAGCCAACUGACGACUCUUCAGAAUUCGCACUUCAAGUUGCAAUGAGCCAGAAAGCAGACUCAUCAAAAUUUGUGGAGUAUUGGGUUCCUGCUCGCCUUUCACGAGUGCAACUUGAAAUGUACUGUUAUACCUUAUUUUCAAACUCACCAGCGCUUCAAUCACAUUCAAAAACUGACAGUGUUGGUGCUCUUCGCAACAUUCUAGUAUCCCUCCGGAAGUGCUGCGACCACCCUUAUCUAGUAGAUAAAACACUGCAUGUAUCACUUACGAAGGGACAACCAGUAACUGAUAUCCUAGAUAUUGGAGUGUGUGCAAGUGGCAAGCUACUGCUUCUUGACAAAAUGCUCCAAGAAAUAUGGAAAAAAGGGCAGAGAGUUCUUAUCCUUUCUCAGUCUUGUGGUGGGGCUGGCAAUCCAAUGGGUGAUAUUUUGGAUGAUUUUAUCCAUCAAAGAUUUGGUCUUGAGUCAUAUGAACGUGUGGAGCGUGGUCUCAAUAUACGAAAGAGACAGGGUGCAAUGAGUAUGUUCAAUGACACGACUAAAGGCCGGUUUAUUUUCUUGAUUGAUAGUCGUGCAUGUGUCCCAAGCAUUAAACUAUCAUCAGUUGAUGUCAUCAUCAUAUAUUGUAGUGAUUGGAAUCCCACAAAUGACUUGAGAGUCCUCCAAAAGAUCAGCAUAGAGUCACAAUCUGAGUGUGUGCCCAUUUUUCGUAUGUAUACGUCUUGUACAGUGGAGGAAAAGGCUCUUAUACUUGCAAAGCAUGAUCAUAUUCUUGAUAGCACUGUCCAGAAUAUAACGCCUAUCCUGAGCCAUUCUCUGCUUAGUUGGGGUGCAUCAUUUCUCUUCAGUAGACUCGAAAGUCUAAAAAAUGAUGCAUAUUUAAGCAAGGAUACUGAUGCUGAAAAACUGUUCAUGGAUAAAAUACUUUUGGAGUACUUGAAGAAGUUAUCCGCUAAAGCUGAUCCCAGCACUAAGAUGACCAAUGCAGCUAUAUCACAAGCUCAUUUGAGUGGACCUUCUUAUUCUAGAGAUAGUGUUGUAGUAGGUGAGAGGGAGCUGAUCUCUGCACCUGAUAGUGAUCUGCCAAAGUUUUGGGUAAAUUUGCUAGAUCGGAAGUCUCCUCGUUGGCAGUAUAUAACUGAACAGGCACAAAGAAGCCGUAGAAAGAUACAAAACAUGGAAGGGAGAAUUCCUGCCGAUGAGGCUGAUGAAGCCAGUACCAAACGUAGAAAAAUCAAUGGAAUCUUGGAAUCAUCUGCAAAUGUUUUAGUUGGCAAAGACAAGGACUCAAUAUUGCCUGAAAUUAAUACGACAACUAGUUCUCAUCAAAUAUCAGUUGAUGACACAUGGCAGGAACAAGGGGUAGAAAAUCUUCAGGGGACACAAAAAUGUCUUCACAUCCAAUUGAAGCCAGAGGUCUCAAAGCUAUAUGAUUUGUUUGAACUACCGGGGAGUGUUAAAUGUUUAUGUGAGGAACUUCUUGAGUAUACUUUGAGGAAUCACCAAGUCAGUCAGGUGCCGAAGGACAUAUUGCAUGCAUUAACCAUUGCACUGUGCUGGCGUGCUGCUUCUCUCUCAAGGCAUAAGGUUAAUCAUAGAGAAUCACUGGCCCUUGCUGAAAAACACUUGAACUAUGAGUGCAGUGAAACUCUUGCAGAGAAGGUUUAUAAGAAGCUAAGGAUCCUAAAGAAGGAGUUCUCACAUAGAGUAGGCAGAACAGGCAAGAAUAACCAAUCAAUUUCAGUUAAGAACAUAUCACCAUACCAGCAGGAGACCUCAACUAAAUAUGGAAAUGACAAAUCAAUCCCUAAGCAGGCAGCAUCUGUUGGUGGGAAUGAAUCACAUCGAGAGGAUUCACAUGAUUUAGUGAUUGAGGCUAUCGUACCAGGAGAGAAGGAAGUCCUAUCUGUUCCAGAGAUUAAUGAAAAACAACAUUUAUCAAAGGAUGCACUUCUUAAUAGAAUCACAGAGAAAAAAAUUAAUUUAGUUGACAUGGUUUUCUCCUUGAGAGAAAAGAAUAUCCAUGAUAAACAAGCAAUCGAGGUCGCAAUGUUUGACAUGCACAGGCAGAAGGGAGUGGUGAAACUGAGGGAAGCAUGCGGAGUAGUUGUGGAACAUCUUCGAAGGUCUCAAGCUGAUCCAGAGGACACAGGUGGUCAAACAACUCUAAUAGUUGAAUGGUUCACUAUGCUACUAUAUGCUUUUCUGAAGCACAUGAGGUACCAGCGUGAGAAGCUUGACUUGCAGCAAUCAAUGAUCUGGACUAAGGAGUUGCAGCUGAAGGAAAAUUUCCUGCACGAAGCAAAAUAUGGCCAAUUAGAUCAUACCUUUGAUGAACGUAUUAGUUUACCAGAUUCAGGCUUUGCUAUUGAGGAAUUCAGCCACUUUAGGUUAUGUGUUGAUACAGCUACUUUGCCAAACUGUCCGCAGUCUUUGCACGAAACCUCAGCGAUGGAAGUUACAUUGGGUGGUAGUGUGAUUCCAUCUGAUGUUAUCUAUGCAGAAGCAGCGAGAAAUGGUUCUGCUGAAGUUCUUAUCCACAAUGAGGGAAGGCUAGCAUCAGAAAGUAUUGGUUUGACAGAGAGCAUGAUCAGCAAUAGUUUUGAUUGCAUUGGCACGCAAGGAGGGGCAUCUCUGGCUGUUCAACACCAAGUAAAUUCUAGUCGUGCAGUUGAUAGUUCUGGUAAUCAGGAAUCUUCAAGUGGUGACCAUAAAGGGACUGAACAUGUUGAGGGACAGAGUGCUGUGGGUUCGCAACCAUCACUGGGAGAGACUGACCAACAUUUAGGAGAUACUGAAAUGGAAGUUAACACCGGCGAUGGGAACAAUACUCCGGCCAAUCCACCUUACCCUGAACCACAGACUGUGGCUCCUGUGCCCAGCCAGGCUUCCUUGCAAAUGUCUAAGGAAGUUGAAGCUGGGGCCAAUCUUGUAAUGCAGUCAGCCCAACCAACUGUAGCACCAGCACAACUUCUGCAGAGAGAGGCAGAACAAGUAGACCGUUCUGGUAUAACACCAGCUCAGACUUUGCAAUCUGAAAUGCAACCAUCAGCAUCCACGGAAGUUUAUACUCGGACAGAUCUGAUAAUUCAGUCUGCACAACCAAGUAUGGUGCAAUCUGAGCUUUCACAGAGAAAUUUAGAACAGGCAAGCCUUUCUCGUGUACCAUCAUCUCAAUAUUUGUCAUCUGGAAUGUACCCAUCGGUUCCACUGUCCAGUAUUCUGCAUGAGAGAACACGCCCUGAUCAGUGUCAACUAAGUCAUCAACCCGAGGCUGCACCGGGUUCUUCAGAAAAGCUCUUUCUGGCGGCAUCAAUGAUAUUUAAUCAUCCACCAGUUGGUGAUGAACCACUGAAAAAUGAGUUGCACAGAUUACGGUCAUACAUUGACUCGCUUAAUAAAACUAACGAACUAAAGAAAUCACAACUUAGGACUGAGUGUAGCCAAGAAAUAGACAAGGUCAAACAAAAGUAUGAUUUGUUACUUCAAGAACAGGAUUCCACUCAUCUUCAGCAAACGAAGACACUUGAUAAUUUAUGUGAGAAAGUUCUCCUCAACCAGUCACUAGCUGACUAUUUUCUGGCCAAAUUGAUAUCUUCUUCUGGAGCACAAGCUAGAGCUGACAGCCCUCCAAAUCGCCAGACACCCCAGGCCUCUCAGCAAGUUCCCCCGAGGCCUCCAGCGGUGGCAUCGACUGCAUCACCAACUGCGUUGUCGUCAGCUGGUCGACCACCAGUGCUGAUACAUCAUAUCCAACCAUUACAGGUCGAUCGACCAUCACAAUCAUCAUCGCCAUCUUCACAAAUGGGCAGACCUCAUCCCUCCAUACUAAACAACAUUGUCAGAUCAACAUCAACUCCUUUUAGUCUCAUGCCAGUUCUGCCACGGGGAAGCUUUGGAGCACGUGCACCUGCUCCUCAUCUUCAGCACGCGCCAGUUCCACGGGGAAGCUUUGGAGCACGUGCACCUGCUCCUCAUCUUCAGCGCGGGUUGCCUCCAAAGGUGCAUUCGAUAGCAUCUGCAAAUCAGCAGCAGCUUCCAACUAGGCUGGAGAGCACGUCUGCAAGGACACGGUCUAUCCCUGUGACUCCAGUAAAUAUAAGACAAUCAUGCCCACAGGCAGUCCCCCCAGGGAACCUAUCACCGUCAAGCUUGCACAAAAGUUCACACCCCACUAUAGCCGCACCCUUGGGACCAUCAAGUUCACAUCAAAUUCAGCAGGUUCCACUACUGCCAUCAAGUUCACAGCCAACAUGCCUGCCAUCGCCAGCACUUUCGAUUCCAAACCCAGUUCUGACACUAACACCACCGCGAGAUUUGAUUAUGACAUCUAGCAUUUCCUCAGCUGCGUUGAGUGUGCUGCCAAUGAGGGGUAUUGGGCCUUCCACAUCAGGGAUGUCGCGGUUAGAUUCUGAUAAAGCUUCGCUGGAUGAAUGGCUAACAGGAAAUCUUGGGCUGCGCAGUGAUCCGCAUGGCGCGGCAGCUCCUGCAGAUGUGGUAUUCCCUAUCUGAUGAAGAGACGGAUGACCAAACCAAGCAAAAAUGACGCUCAUCGCCGAAGAGCUCUCCUACGGAAGGGUUGUUUGCAAACAAAAUAAACUGAUGUCCAUGUAAUGCAACUGCUUGUUUCUGCUAGAGUUAUAUUAUGUUCCAUGUGUAGCAUGUAUAUUCUCCCUGUUGUAUGAGGGAUUUCCUGUGUAUUUACCACCUGUGUAUGUACAUAUGUACUCGCCAUUGGCCCUGAGGAAAUACUAGUUGCGUAUUUCCUGACA